AUGUCUGGAAGAGGUUAUAACUCUUAUGGUUCGCAGAUACCAAUCCUUUUAGAGCGCCUCAAAGAAAUUUCACUAUCAAUGGAUCUCCCUUUAAUCAAGAGAAAUAGCUUUCGAACCGACGCAGCAUCAAUUAUCGAAGACUGCCUUGCAGAUGUGACCGAUGCGCAUAAGAAAGCGAGAGAAACGAUAAAGCUUGCUCACAAAUUCCAUAAAGCUUUUCAAAAAGCAUCAACUCAUAACGACGAGAUUAUUCAAAGGAAUCAAGAACUCAUUAAGAAAAUCGAAGCGAUGGAAUCCCAAAUGAUUGACCAAGAAGGAGAAUUAAUUUCAAAAGACCAGAGAUGUGAAGUUUUAAUGAAUGACUUAGCAGACAUUGAGAAAACUUUAAAGACCAUGACAUCUGAAAACAGCCUUCUCAGAAAAGAAGUAAUCACCCUCAAACGAGAAAUCACACAAAAUGAUUUGCGGGAAGAUUUGCAAGUCUCUAAAAAUCAGAACCAAGAAAAAGAGAAAGAGAAGUCUCUUCAAAACGAAAUUGCUUCAUUACACCUAGAACUCGAAAAGCAAAAAGAAGAAAAUGAAGAACUCAAUUUUAAAAUAAGAGAGAUAGACAAUUUGUUGCAGGCUGAAAAGGGCGCAGCUGGGCAGCUGAGAAAUUUUAUUGCUAUACUGAAAAGCGAGAAUUUGGAAUUUUCAAAAGAAAUAGAAGGGCUGAAGCAACAUAAGAUGGAUUUGAAUGAAAAAAUUCUGACUCCCCCCUUUAAAUUGAAACAAAAUAUAGGUAAAAUUUCCACUUUUUUGGUAAAUUAACCCCCUUUAAAUUGGAACAAAAUUUAAUUUUAUAAUAAAAAAUUAUAUAUAAUUUUUAUCUAAAAGUUUUGAUAUAAGUUAAAUGUUUCUUCUUAACUAAAAUUAAAAAUUUAUUUAUAUCUUGCUCUUUUUUAAAGAAAAGAGUAUAAAGAGCAUUUUAUUUAAAUAAAUUUAUUAUCCUUAAUUGAUAAAUUUUUUUUUUUAAAAAUUUUCAAAAAAAUUUUUGUUUUUUUUGAUAAAAAUGAUAUUUUUUUUUGGAUAGUUUUGAUAUAAAUUCAAUAGGAAUUCUUUAUAAAAUUUCAAAAUUUACUUAUUUCUUGCUUUAUUUUAAAGAAUAGAGUAUAAAUAAUAUCUUAUUUAAACAAAAUUAGCACUUUGAUCGAUAAAUUUUCUAAUUUUUUUUUUAAUUUUUUUUAUCAAUAAAAAUAAAAAUUUUUGUGUAAAUAAUUUUGAUGCCAAUUAAUAGUGGCGUAUUAACUAAUAAUGAAAAUUUAGUUAUAUCUUGCUUUUUUUUAAAGGAUAAAGAGUAAAUAGCAUUUUAUUAAACAAAUUUAUUAAUCUAAUUCGAUAAGUUUUUGAAAUUUUUUUUUUUUAAAUUUUUAUAUUUUUAUAAAACAUUUUAUAUUGAUAUUUUUUUUUAAAAAAAAAAAUUAACUCCCCUUUAAAUUGGAACAAAAUUUUUAGUUCCAAUUUAAAGGGGGGGGGAGUGAGCUUAAAGAAUGAGCUGAUUCAGCAUAAAAGCUAUAAUGAGCAGCUUGUAAGGGAAUAUGACAACCAAAGAAGAAGAGCAACUCUCUCAGAAAUGCCUAAAGAACUAAAAGCAGCAAAUGAGGCUAAAAAAGAACCUCCCAAAAUUAUGGAUCUUGCAAGCGAGGAAGAAAGUAGCAGCGAUGAAAGCAGCUUGCAUGCAAGCGAAAGCUUUGAAAUGGAAACAAUUGAAAUCCCAAUUUCUCAGAAAAGCACAAAAACGAAAACGCCUCCUCAAUUGGAAGAAACAUUGGGGGAUUUCUUUGAUGGAGAUGAGCAAUCCGAAGCCGAAAAUAAACUGCUUUUGAUAAGUUCUCCUAAGUCAAAUUUUAACAUAAGCACUGAAGACUCUACCCCAAAAGAAAACAAAGUGUUUGUAUUGAGCUCUCCAAAAGGGCAAUCAAAACCAGUAUAUACCUUUCAGACAUCUACUGAAAAUGAGCUAAAAAUAUGCCACUAUGAUGAUAUCUGUAUUAUACAAAAGUCUAUUCCGUCAAUUCAAAGACAGUGUUUUGGUAUAGAAAUUAACGAAUCGAUUAACAUAAAAAAAUGCGAAAUAAAACAAGAAAAGUCAAAACAAUUGACAGAGAGCUAUUUCGACAUAUCGGUUUAUGCCGUAAAGAAGAGUGCUUCUAGUAAAAAUUUCAAAUUAGAAACCCUAUUAUUUUCUUCACUAUUUCCUAGCAACACAAGAAUCAAAAAUCUUUUAUCAAUUAAUUCGAUAAAUCAUUUUUCCAUACUUUGGCCUAAACGAAUAUUCAGCAUAAGAUCAACUGAAGGAAUCACAAUUCAGAAAUUGAAGCACCCCCUUGAAGUGCAUAACGUACAGAAAGAAAUAAUCAAGCCAGCAAUCCAUCUUUCUAUAGAUAAAAAUGACUAUAUAGCUCUCAAAUGUCUGAGACCUAAAAGGGGAAUGGCAAUUCAGAAAGCAGAACAAUCGCUUGAAAUACAAGCUACACAUAAAGAAAUCACUAAACCUAUAAUUCAUCUCUCUUUGGAGAAAGCCAGUGAGCUGCUUAUCAGCAAAUGUAUGAAGACUCAUGAGAAUGGUAGAGAUUUAAUAAAUCAAUCUCACAUGAUAAGAGAAAACAUUGGACACAAGAAGCUUUGCUUUAGCUUUUUUGAAAGUAUUCACAUUAAACCAGUAGCAAAGUCACAAACUUCAAUCUCAAAUGACACCUCUAACUCAAAGAAGUCUCAAUAUGACUAUGGAACAUCGCGCGACCCAAUUAAAGAUUUGUUUAUUUUUGUAAGCUUUAUAUAGAUUUGCCAAGCAGCCAAGCUCAAUAGUAAAUAUCGAGAUCGGCUAGGAUGAGCACCAGUGGAUCAUCUUUAUGAUGAGUGCUUACAAAAAAGCAUCCCCUUUAACGAGUGGCACGACUAUGUAAAAUUACAGCUUGAGAAGGAUUUCGAACUUGCUAAUGGCAUAGUAUAA